CGUACUUCUCUGAAGACCAGACAACAGGCAAUAUUGCAUAGGAGUGAAACUAACCAAUCACAAGCUAGGCUGGUUGUUUAUUUGGUUGGCAGGAAAUUUAAAACGCAACUGAAUCAUGGAUAGUCGUGUUGAGUUGUACGAAGAAGUAAAGCUUUAUCGUACUGCACGUGAAAGAGAGAAGUAUGACAAUCUUGCUGAAUUAUAUGCUGUCAUCAAUACCAUACAGUGUUUACAAAAGGCAUAUAUAAAGGAUUAUGUUGAAUCAAAAGAAUAUACAGCUGCAUGCUCAAAACUUCUGGUCCAGUACAAGGCUGCGUUCAAGCAGGUUCAAGGUGAUGAAUUCGCUACUGUAGAAGAUUUCAUGAGAAAAUAUAAAAUGGACUGUCCAGCUGCUCUAGAGCGUAUUAAAGAGGGAAGACCAAUAACUAUUAAGGAUGAUAAACAAAAUGUAAACAAAUGUAUAGCUGACACUGUUUCUUUGUUUAUCACCAUAAUGGACAAGUUACGAUUAGAAAUUCGUGCAAUGGAUGAAAUCCACCCAGAUCUUCGAGAGUUAUAUGAAACCAUUUCUCGGCUAAGUAUUUUACCUUCAGAUUUCGAGGUAAAGAUAAAGUGAAAAUUUGGCUAGAUAAAAUGGAUCAAAUGCAGGCUUCUGACGAAUUAUCUGAAGCCGAACACCAACCAAUUGCGAGGACAUCACCUCAAGGUUCAAAAACCACGGUCGAAUCGUCUGCGUCUGGAAAUCCGUUUUUCGCAUCGAAUUGUGAACCAUUGGAACUCCCUACCGGAACACGUCGUAUCAGCGCCAUCCGUUGAUUCAUUCAAGGCGAGAUUGGACCUCCUGUGUGCAAUAAAUCGAAAGGAUUAACACAGGCAUAUAGCCUACUAUCCUAAAUAAAUUGUAAACUGUAGUAGCAUUUAACACGUGCAAUACACACUCAUCGUUUUACACCUAAAUCUCUUCUCACAGUUUUUAUGAGGGGUAAAAGUACUGUAGAAGUGUCAAAGCAGUAUUUUUUGCUCAACAUACUGAAAAACAUUAUCGACAGAAAUGUUCUUAGAUUUGUAGUCAAUAUAUACACCUGAUCAAAUUAUUUUUAUGUAGUCAGGGAUCAUUCAAUUUACUAUUUCUUUUAAAUAAAAUCUAAUGGCCA